CUCCCAUAGUCAACUAAAAUAACCAAAAAAAUGUCUCGACAAAGUUUUCUUCUUAAAAUCGAUAAAUCACCGGAUAUACAGUCAAAUCUUCAGUUAUCUUUGCAAAAUAAAUUUUCUGGAUUAUUAACAACAAUUGUUGAUGAUGGAUAUAAGCGAAUUUUACUGGAUGAGAAGGUUGCAGAACGUCAACAAUGCUUCACAAGAUCACCACUGAUAUUUAAAGCAAAUGACUGGCUUUAUAGCAUCUUCCCUAUGAUUAACAUGACCAAUAUUUUGGAUAGUUCAAGUUCAGAAGUUCGCAAAAAUUAUAAGUUGUUAUUAGAUCAAGAAUUCAACUUUAUUAAUCAUGUCAAGCCAAGAGGAUAUUAUUAUAUUCGUCCAACAUGCGAGCCUGAAACAGUUGCAAAGUUUUUAUUGGAAAAGAUCGAAAAGACUGGGAACGAUUUAAUAUUUAUAGUAGAGAUCGAACUUCACAGCCAAAAGAAUUACACUAGAAUGUAUCGACGGGAUCUUUCACCAAUUGAAGAGGACAUUGAAGAUACUUGGAUGUACUGGAAUGCGAUCCACAAAGCAGCAAAUUAUCAUCAAAGAAUUGAAGUUGCUAUUGUCUUGUCAUCAGACUUACCAAGCAAUGAACUUGAGAUCUAUCGAUGGUUUGGAGAGCCAGUUAUUAUGCUUGUUAUUCCUCAUAAUACAUUUACAACAAAUUCAUCCAACUUUCCAGUCAUGACAAAGAAGCAACAAGAAAUUGUCAAAAUGUUUAUGCAGAACUUAAAGCUUUAUAUAGUUAUUGAACCAAAAUCAUCCAGUGAUCAUAGGAUUAAGAGUUACCUUGAAUAUAUUGAGUAUUUAAGUAAAUCUUUAGAUCGUAGUUCCGAGGAAGAAAAGGAUUGUCUUAAAUAUCCACUUCAGCCUUUACAUGACAAUUUAGAUUUCUCAACUUAUGAAGUUUUUGAACGAGAUCCAGCGAAAUACAUUUUAUAUCAACGAGCAAUAGAAAAUGCAUUAAAGGAUAUGAUUAGUGAGGAAGAAAAAGAAACUAGAAAGGCUAUUGUUCUACUAGUUGGUGCUGGUCGAGGACCAUUAAUAAGGAGUACACUUAAUGCAGCUACAAAUACACAUAAGAAAGUUAAAAUUAUUGCUGUUGAAAAGAAUCCAAAUGCUAUUGUCACUUUAACAUGCUUAAUUAAACAGUUAUGGCCAGACAAGGAAAUUGAAUUAAUAGCUAAGGAUAUGAGAAAUAUCGUAUUAGAAGAAAAAGCUGACAUUCUUGUAUCAGAACUUCUUGGUUCCUUUGGAGACAAUGAAUUGUCACCAGAAUGUUUAGACGGUGUACAGCAUUUACUGAAACCAACGGGUGUAAGCAUUCCAGCUAAUUCUAAAUCGUAUAUUCAGCCAAUUAUGACAAAGAGAACUUAUGGGCAAGUCCAGAAGCGAAAAGGGGAGAAUAAAAAACGAGAAAUGCAUAGUGAACAUACUGAAGUCAACUGGCUGAUUUAUUCGACCAAUAUCUUCCACAUUGAUAAUUUUAAGGAAGUAUUCACAUUCGUACAUCCUAAUAAUGAUAAUCCAAUUGACAAUUCUCGGUAUGGAAAGUUCCAUUUUGAGUCUUCAAUUGAUUGUAUUCUUCAUGGAUUCUCUGGAUACUUUUCAUCAAAAUUAUAUAAAGAUAUUGAAAUCAGCAUUGUUCCUGAUAGUCACACGAAAGGUAUGAUUUCGUGGUACAGCGUAUUCUUUCCAAUCGCAACGCCAAUUCAAUUGAAGAAAGGCGAUAAAAUUGAAGUUGAAUUUUGGAGGAAAUGUAACACAGAAAAGGUUUGGUACGAGUGGAAAGUCAACGCACCAGAAGAAACAAUCGUUCACAAUCUCAAUGGUGAAAUUCAUCCUAUUUUCUUAGCUUAAUUCAUAAAGGUCCAUAUAGUUUAAGAAUCUUUUUAUAGACAUUUCUGUUGAAUGUAACUUUGCUGCAUUCUAGAAAAAUUCUGCAAGAAGCUUCGUCAUGAAAUUGGAUCUUUGUGAUUUAUUUAAAAAUAAUUUUGAAAUUUCUUUCAGAAUUUAAGUUUAAGAAUCAAAAGAAAUCGAAACCAGUUACUCAGAAUUUUUUAAAAAAUUGAUAAUAAUUAAGUGAAUUUAUAGCUUUUAAGAAGUACAGUUUUUGCAGACUGUUUACAUAAAGUAUCCAGACUGUGUAUAUAAAUUAUCCAGACAUAAUACACAUUUUUCAUCUAAACAAACUUACGUAUCAAAUUAUAAGCAAAAAAGUGUUAAAUUUUUUUAAAAUUAAAUAUCAAAGUUAAUACAAGCGAAAAAGCUUUCAGGAAUAAAUCAAUUUGAAAGUAAGAAGUUAAAAAGAUUAAUUUCUUAAAAAACCCAAUUUAAAAUCUACCAGCAAAACGUGGUGGCCUGAAACCG